UACUCAUCUCCUUCAUCUACUUAAAAAAAAAAAAGAAAAGAAAAAUAAAACCCAAUCCAAAAUUUAGCUCUCCUCCCUCAAACCUCAACGCCAUUAUCCCACCAUCACGCCUCCAUACCUGUCGGUUUCUCUGUGCCAGCUCGCCGCCUCACCACCCACCUCCACCGCAGCUCAGCCAAUCACAGCACCCCCAAAGCCCAGCUCCCUAUUCAAAACCCCCUACUCGAUUCCCCUUGUACGCGCGAUCUCCUCUGACACGUCGCCACUGCUGCACCACCUUUUCCGCCACUUCAGUCACCACCUCCUCACCUCUUUAUUUUUGGCAAAGUUUUAUGUCUUGUUAUUGAUAUUAAAGUUAGGGUUUUAUUAAUUUGGGGUUUCUGAGUUGAAUUUCAAGUAGGUUUAUUGAAGAAUCAAGUUAGGGUUUCUGAUUUGGGAAAAAUUAGUGAAUUGAAGUUCCAUUGGUAGAUAAUGAAGUAUACCAUUGAAGAGUUGAUUCAUCUAUGGUUUUCAAAAAGCUUGCAUAUCAAGUUUUAAUGGAGAUUUGUUCAUAAAGAGAUUGUGAUAGAAUUAAUUAUUCAGUACCUUUGGAGAGAAUAUAAGCUGCUGAGUAACUUGUCUACCUCUAGUGAGAAAUUGACCCUUUAUUUCUAAUAACAAGGAUCUUGAACAGACACUAGUUCUGUUGUGUUUGGGGUUUACUUUUCCCGAGGGGGGAUCGAAGAGCAUCGGAACACAAUGCGUUCGGUGCCCACUAUAUUUCCUAUUGUCCCUUCCAUUCUCGCAACACAAUCUGAUCUGGCUUUCAAGAUGGAAGAAGGGAAACCGAUUUCCAAUAUUGAUGAUGAAUUGAGGCAAAUUCUGGCAGAAUUUAUGGUGGAAGUCAUAAAGUUGGAAGAGUUAGUGGAAGUCGGAAGGAAGUUUCUCGUAAGAUUUCAGCAGGCUCUUGAGUUUCUCAGACGCCCUUCAAUAUACGAAUCAUCCGACCUGGUCAAGAGCAUCGCCAAAGCGAAUGAAACCAAGAGGGUUAAUGCGUAUGUACAAGCUGGCUGCCUCAAUGCUUAUGAUAGCACACUGAGUGUCGGUCAGUUGAACACAAGCUUGUCUGACCUUCACGAUUGUGUCACAAAAUCAAAAUCCAUAAUUGACGAACUUAAAAAUCUUAUGGAUAAGGCUGGCAAUGCAUUAUGUAUGACCUCAGACGACCAAUUAGAGACGGAAAUCCAGGCUUCAGAAGCGAUUGGUUCUGAAAAACUUGACGGGGUUGGUUGUGCUUCCUAUAUGGCUGUCAUCUACAGCAUGGUAAAGCAAGAUUAUGUGAUGCAGGAAAAGAUUGUUUCUUCAUUGAGUUUCAAAUCAUCGAGUGGCGAACUGGAAAGCUAUUGCCUAAUGUGGUCUUUAAGACCGUUUAUAAAUGAUGAUAUUAUACGUCAAGCUUUGAAACAGGUUAGAUGAUUUUACUUGCUCUAGAUAUCGUUUCUUCAACCCGGAGAUCCUACUGUUUUAACUCUUAAUCUAUUAUCCAAUUCUUGAAAUUGAAAGUUUACCUAUGAUUAAUUGGAAUUCUCUCAAAUGAUCUUUA